CUCUCCACUUUCUCUCUAAUUUCUCUAUCUGGAAAUGGCCCGAUCGCUCACCAAAACCCUAAUCCCUCACGGUGGAUUCCGUUUCAUCCGCUCUCCGGCGCCGGUGCCGCCGAGCUACGUUUGUUUCCGCCGACUUUUCUCGUCGAAGCCCCAAUUUGUUGAGAUCGAUCUCGAUUCAUCUUCUCAGUCGGAGGCCAGAGCCGAAUUCAUCAAGAAGCUCAACGACAUGUUUCGGAGGAUCAUCGUGCACAAGUCGACCCCCGAUUGGCUCCCGUUCAUCCCCGGCUCGUCGUUCUGGGUCCCGCCUUCUCAGAACGCGGGAUCCGAGAUCGCCGAUUUGGUCGACAAGGUGGCCAAUCCGUUGUCGGAGGAAGAGUCCCUCUCCGUCAUGUCUCUUCGUGGUUGGCCUAGCUCCUCAUUCUUCGUUCCUCCUGAUGAUUCUGCUCCUACGGAAGAGGCAGAAGCUGAUACGGAGUUUAGCAUCGCGGGGAACGAGGAGGUGUUGGAGGUGAAGAUCGAGCUCCUUCCGAAUUCGGGUGGAUCUAAACCCGGAGAUGAAGAAAAGUGACAGAUUUCUCAAGAACAUGGCAAGGAUGGGGGAGAAAGAGAUGAGAUCUGAUUCCGAAGAAGUUGAACUGAACUGGGAUAAUGUAAUGAUGUAGAUGAAGAUGCACACAAUCCUCGGAGUUGGCAUGGUCAAGAUCUCUGGCCGGGUUAGUUCGUUGUGAUUUUAUUAAGCUCGAUACAAUGGCUUGCGGAUAUCUGCCGCUUUCAUCCAGAGUCCACGACAAUGCAGCCAUAUAAUUUUAUCCUUGAGAAGAUGCUUCACAUUGUUGUAGGUGUUUUUCCUUCAAACCCUUGCCGGUUGUUCUUCUGAAUGGUUAAUAGAAGUUGUGAUCUUUCUCUUUUCAUGUA